GUGUAAACAGAAAUGUUUGAAAAGUUUUUGCAAUUUAAUGAAUUAAUGUUUUUUAAGUGCAAUGAGUGGCACAAUUUCAUCUGAAUCAGCAGAUGAUGUCGAAAAAAUACUGCGGAGAAUUAUUAUAAAGGAAAAUUUAAGUGUAAAAUUGUUCCAGGAGCAACUAUUCAAAUGUAUACCUGAUACUAUUUUAUCGAAAAAAACUUCUAGGAAUCUUAUAAUUUAUGUUUUAGACAAACACGAAAUAAAACCCACAAAAUGUAAACUUCUUUUACAGUAUAUUAUAGGUCUUUUAGAAUAUAAUUUAAUUAAUUACGAUGCAAUCGAUACUUUUUAUUACAAUUAUUAUAAAUUAUUAUCUACGUCGGGAUCCCUCCUGGUUCCGUUAGUAUGCCAAUUAAUUUACAUGCUAACAAAAGAUCCAAAUGAUUUAUUACGCUUAUUAGUAUUACGAAUAAAAGAGGGAUUUAAAACAAACGCCGUUCCAAAAUCGUUAACUUGUCUAUUGACGUUAAUAAAAUCACUGCGGCCAGAUUUAGUACCUGAACGAAUACCUGCAUAUAGUAUAGAACAUGCAUUUCGUUUAUUACCAAUUAAUUUUCGAAAUGAUUUAGAAAAAGUUAAGCCAUCACAUACAUUAAGCGAAAAUGUAUCUGUUGAUAUUCAAUGGCGCUUGGCAAAUGCUAAUAAAAAAGAUUUAAUAAAAUUAAUACCUGAUUUAUCGUUAGUUAAUGUAGGAUCCUUAUAUGAUACAAAUUUCGCGGAAAAAACAUUAAUUGAAUACGACAAUUUAAUUGAAUUACAUAGUGAAAAAUGCUCUGCGAAAAAUGUUGCAAAUUCUAUGGCAUUGCUAAACAAUUUUGCUGGUGUACAUUUUUUAACCCAUGAAUAUGAUACAGUUUUAAAAAAACGACUUAUUUAUUCCCUGCAACAACAAUUACGAUAUGAAAUUUCACAAUUUACUCCCACAUCAAUAAAAAACUUAAAAGAAUUAUUUAAAUCGAUAAACAAUUUAUACGAUUGUGCACAACAAGCGAUCAAUUAG